AUGAAGGCGCAAUUCGGGCCUGGAAUAGGUUGGGGGAUGGAGGAUCAGGUUCUAGCAGGGGAGCUAGGCAGGCUCGAACAGGAGCUGCGCUCAGUGUCCAAGGCCUUGGCGCAAACCAACAAUGCUCAGCAACGUAUAGAACUAUCCAAACUGUUGAAAAGAUUAAAACAGCAGUGCCAAGAUGCGAUGCGGGAACAGCAGAAGCAGACACCAAUCAGCUCUGAUAGGCAUCAAGAGGCUCUCUUCGCUGGGGAGGCAGGCCUCAUAGAAGAGGAAAUGCGUAGACAAUACGCCUUACUCGACACUACAGACGACGCCCGAGCGAGAGCUGACAUUAACGCGAGGAUGGCGGUAUUGAAGGCCGAAUUCUUGAAGUCCAUCGGCGAAAUACGCAAAAUAUCUCCUACACGACCAAGUGCACCAUCGAGCUCACAAGUUGGACUUAAUGAGAAGGAUGCCCUAGAAGCUUUACUACGGGCUGUAGCAGCUGGGAAUACCCAGGACGUUCGAGAUAUCCUCAAUGACAAGCACACGAGCGUUGAGGUAGACUCCCGGGAUGCUUCCGGAUGGACUGCACUACAUUAUGCUAGUCUUAUUGGCUGGACCGAGGUUACCAAUUGUCUCAUUGGAAUGAAAGCUGAUGUGAAUGCAGUUAAUGACUUAGGAGGGAGCCCCCUGCACUUAGCAGUAGAGAUGGAAAACCGCGAUAUGGUGAUUAUUAUACCCAAGACUAGUUCCGUGGCCUUCUGGUCUAUUGCAGAGUACGGACCAAUGCUGGGGUCCGGUGCCGCUGCGGACGUCUAUCGUGGUAUUUGGAGAGAGGCAGAUGUCGCUAUAAAGGAAAUCACCUGGGCUAAGGCGAGAGAGACCGAGGACAAAGUGGCUGAGUUCAAGCAGGAACUCGAGAUAGUCAUCAACCUUAGGCACCCCAACUUAGUGCUGUUCAUGGGCGCUUUCACCAAGUCCAGACCGCUUCGCCUGGUCACUGAACUCUGUGACGGUGGGCCUCUCAGUUCUGUACUUUACGCUAGGAAAGACCUCGAUCUAACCUGGCAACAGAGACAUAAAAUUUGCUCUGAUACUGCCAAGGGCAUCUUCUAUCUCCAUACCAACAACCCUCUUAUCAUCCAUCGAGACCUCAAGUCACAGAACCUCCUUCUGGCCCAUCCUCUCACUACUACAACGUCAGUACCUAUCGUGAAGAUAGCCGACUUCGGCAUAGCAUUCAUGAAGCACCGCGAGUCGGACCUCAUUGGGAGUUCAUCCAGCUCUCCAGGCACGUGGGCAUGGAUGGCACCAGAGAUAUUAUCAGAGGACGAAUCAUGCGACCACCAAGUUGAUAUUUAUUCAUUCGCUAUAUGCAUGUAUGAGAUCAUUACUCGGACUCGGCCCUAUUGCUCCCAGCCGCACCUCACGCCUAUUGCUAUCGCUAUCAACGUCUCCACAGGUAUGAGGCCCGACAUAAACCUGGUGCCCGAAGGCUGCCCCCCGCUCCUGCGUGAAUUGAUGGUUGACUGUUGGCACGGGGACCCAUCUGGUCGACCUACCGCCAAGACCGUUUGUCAGAGGCUGAGAGACAUAGUUCAGGAUCUCGUGAAUCGUGUCGGGGAUAUAGUGCGGCAGACGGGGUGCAAGCUAGUGUGGACCACCUAUUGGCGCGGUUUCGAGGAGUAA